CACCCUUUUCAAUGCUUCGGGUUUCCGCUUAAACCCUAAAACCCAAAACCAAACCAGCUCUCUCAGGGUUUAAGCUCCUUCACACACACCCAUGAAUUCUCAACCUUGAGAUUCAAAAAGCUUCAACCUUUAAUCAAUGGCGGCCUCGAAGCUCUCUUCCUACGUAGCAAUGGCCAUCGCGGCGGCCGCUGUGCCGUCGCUCUCCACACGCGCCUACGCCGACAGCGGCGGCUUUCGCUUUUCUCCGUUCUCCUCUUCUUCUUCUUCGUCGGAUCCGAAGGACCCGAGUCCGAGCGGCAAGUCGGAACCCGAACCCGAAGAGCCCAGAGGGUCCGGGAUGGACCCAGAGGCUUUGGAAAGAGCUGCUAAAGCUCUCAGAGAAAUCAAUAGCUCUAAGAGUUCCAAGCAGAUUUUCGACAUGAUGAGAACACAGGAAAAGACUCGCCAGACCGAGCUGUCUGCCGAGAAGGCCCAUUAUCAAGCUCAGCAAUCUCAUGCUGACAUUGAAAGGCAGAAGAAAUUGGCUGAAGAACAAAGAAAUAUUGUACAGCAAGACGCACAGCGGAAGGCACAAGGUAUGCGCUACGAAGAUGAACUGGCCAGGAAAAGAAUGCAGACAGAGCAUGAAACCCAGAGGCAGCAUAAUAUUGAGUUAGUUAGGAUGCAAGAGGAAUCCUCUAUGAGGAAAGAGCGAGCAAGACAGGCUACUGAGGAACAGAUUCAAGCUCAGCAUCGUCAGACUGAAAAAGAGAGAGCUGAACUAGAAAGAGAAACAAUACGAGUGAAGGCCAUUGCAGAGGCAGAAGGUCGGGCCCAUGAAGCAAAAUUGACUGAGGACCAAAACAGGAGAAUGCUUAUAGAGCGGAUGAAUGGUGAAAAGGAAAAAUGGCUUGCUGCAAUAAAUACAGCUUUCAGUCACAUUGAAGGGGGUUUUAGAACUUUACUGACUGAUAGGAAUAAAUUGGUUAUGACUGUCGGAGGUGCCACAGCAUUGGCUGCAGGUGUUUAUACAACUAGAGAAGGUUCUAGGGUUAUAUGGGGCUAUGUCAACAGGAUACUUGGGCAGCCAUCUCUGAUUCGAGAAUCAUCCAUUGCAAAAUAUCCUGGUGCAGAUAUUAUUUCUCAAGCAAAGAAUAAGGUUUUAAAUUACAGUACAGCAGCUUCUGGGUCACUGAAGAAUGGUCUUGGAAAUAUUGUUCUCCAUCCUUCGUUGCAGAGGAGAAUAGAACAACUCGCACGAGCUACAGCAAACACUAAGGCUCAUCAGGCACCCUUUCGCAACAUGAUGUUUUAUGGCCCCCCUGGUACCGGUAAAACAAUGGUUGCAAGGGAAAUAGCUCGAAAGUCGGGUUUGGAUUAUGCUAUGAUGACUGGAGGAGAUGUUGCACCCUUGGGUGCCCAGGCUGUUACUAAGAUUCAUCAGAUAUUUGAUUGGGCAAAAAAGUCAAACAAAGGUCUACUACUCUUCAUUGAUGAGGCAGAUGCAUUCCUAUGCGAGCGUAACAGCACACAUAUGAGUGAAUCUCAGCGUAGUGCUCUAAAUGCUUUGCUGUUUCGAACUGGAGACCAGUCGAGAGACAUAGUUCUAGUACUUGCUACAAACAGGCCAGGUGAUCUUGACAGUGCUAUCACUGACCGGAUAGAUGAAGUGAUUGAGUUCCCACUUCCUGGAGAGGAGGAGCGAUUUAAAUUAUUGAAACUCUACUUAAACAAGUAUCUUUCUGGUGAAGACAACACCUCUAAAUGGGGCAUUCUGAACAAGAAGCAACAACAGAAGAUAACUAUGCAGGAUUUGUCCGAUGAGGUGCUCCGAGAGGCUGCCAGGAAGACAGAUGGGUUCUCUGGCCGUGAGAUAGCUAAACUCAUGGCUGGUGUUCAGGCAGCUGUGUACGGGCGCCCAGAUUGUGUACUGGACUCCCAAUUGUUUAAGGAGAUUGUAGAUUACAAAGUUGCGGAGCAUCACCAGAGGAUAAAACUAGCAGCUGAAGGUGGUGAUGGGAUUUUUGGCCUAGCUUGAGUGAAUAGAAGUAGGAGUUGAACGUCUGUCAUAUCCCAUAUGGUAGAAACUUUUUUGCGCCUGUUAUAUUUUUAACAUCUCAUUC